GUACAAGUGGUACAACGUGAGCAACCUGUCGACGGGCGAGAUGUCCCUCGUGCAGCCCGUGGUGCGCUUCAUGAGCUUCGACAGCACCUCGGGAGACCUCAUCUUCGACAACUUCCUGAAGAACUUCGAGGGCAUGUACAUGUGUGUGGCCACAUCCGUGUCCGACACACAGCAGGGGCGACGGGAGGCGGCCAACUUUUCCCCUGUGCUGAACGUGCUGGCUAUGCGUGUCACCAACUUCCUCAACGUGGGCCAGCCCGACAAGACCCACAGUGGCCCCGAGUACUCCUACAUGAAGAUCGAGUGCAGCGACAAGGGGGACGUGGUAGGGGAGAGCAUCGCGUAUGGCUGGUACCUGGACAAGUCUUCCGACGGCGGUUCCAGCCAGCGGCAGAUCGGGACAGACAACGGACGCAUUUAUAUUGACGUUGAAGGAAACCUUCACAUCUCCUACUUGAACAUAUCAGACAGCACGGCCGACAGGGGAAGUUACUUCUGCGGCAUUGGUCUGACAGAGUUGAACCUUAUCCGUCUGGGCAACGGGAACAAGCUAACUGUGUCGCCAGUGAACAACCCAGUAGCUGUGGCCCCCAAACGUGCCUACAGCAACAGCGGGGUGCGGGUUCAACUCUACAGGAAGGCUGUUCUCGAAUGUGUCUUUGAUGGAUACGACCCUCGGCCCCCUCAUCUGCCUCAAAUCUCGUGGCAAGACAGCAGCUACCGCGACAUUGUGCCGGGCGGCCGGUACCAGAUCUCUGCCGACGGGCGCCGUCUGGAGAUCAACAACGUACAGGAGGAGGACGAGGGUGACUAUCACUGCAUGGCGAGCAACGGCGCCGGAGCCUCGCCCAAGGAGGCUGUGACCUUGGAUGUGACUUCCCCCCCAAUCUGGAAUGAGGGCGGCCAGCCGGCGGACAUGACGAGACCCAACGGACGUAAUGUCACGUUCAACUGUAAUGCCAGGUCAGCCCUGGGUGAGCCGGAGCCGCGGACUCCUAUCUGGUUCAUCAAUGGCAAGAGGACAGGACCACAUCUACCCACCACCAAGAUCCAGAUCUCCGGAGACAAGAAACAGCUGAAGGUGCUGAGCGUCAACAAAGAGAACGACAUCAUGUGUGUGCAGUGUGUGGUCUCCAAUGAUGUUGGGACCACGCUGGGCCGAGGCUGUCUCACAGUCAUACUUCCCAUCGACAUCACCUACCAGCCCAAGCUGCGCCAGGUGAUCACGUACGGCCAGUCUGUGGACCUGACGGUGCGCGCCACCACCGACCCCAGCGCCGGCAAGCUGCAGUAUGAGUGGUACUUCCGCAACGCCACCUACUCGGACGCCCCGCCGUUCGUCUACUACAACCCCACCACCAUGACCGCCUUCAUCAACACCUCUACCUUGACGGAGGAGGAGUAUAAGGAGAUCGGGGGCGUUUACCGACGUCGGAUCUGGCACGAGAACGACGAGGCCUGGGUGGAUAUAGAGGUAGAGCUGGAGGAUAAGCCCGCAGCAGCUGUGGUCUCCUCCGCGGGCUUCGACAUGUGGAUCAUCGGCCUGAUCAUCGGCAUCAUCUUCCUGAUUAUUGUCAUCAUUAUCAUCAUCUUCAUCAUUUGUAGGAAGCAACAAGAAGGAGAUUAUAAUGUGGACAAAAAGGAGACCGGUGCUGGCUUGGACCCGGAGAAAGAGCUGCAGCAGAAGGGAUUUGAUGAUUACUCCAGACCUGACUUCAGAGACUACGGUGACUACGAGUACCCGGACAGGAAGCCGCGGGGCGACCUCGAGUACGACGAUGUGCCGAUCGGUGGUGACGAAGACAGUCUGCAGGAGUACGGGGAUGACGAGAGUACCUACUUCAACGAGGACGGAUCCUUCAUCGGUGUGUACCAGCAGAACAACAAACCCAAACCCACACACGCCACCGAGUCCACCAUAUAGAGCCACCCAGCACCCUGAGACAGGAGGAAGACAGGCAAGACUGUUGCCACGGGAGGGAGUUGACCCGCAGAGACUGAGGAUAUAUUGCCGGACUGUGCCCAACAACAAGAGCGAUAAUGUGAACAUCUCGACAAAUACUAUGUUGUCGUUGUUGUUGUGUGUGUGUGUGUGUGCGUGCGUGGUAGCCUAUCCGUUCGAAAUGUUUGGAGCCCCGAAGAGCGUGUUCUUCGCCAUGGCCACUGCCUCCCUUGGGUAGCGGGUGAGGCAGUUGUUGCUGUUGUUGUUGUGAGGGUAUGAUGUGGUGAGAAAAACCUAGGCUAAUACGGUACGAUGUAGAACGAGGAAAAGUAGUUUAGGUUGUUGCAAUAACCACACACGUGUUAUAGAAAUGAACAAAGAAAAGUAGUGGCAAUCAUAUACUGUAGUACAAGGGUUAUGUUAUAUAAGUAGUGGUACCCAUAUUAUGCUGUAGUAUUUGAACGUAAAGAAAAGUAGAGUUGCUUCCAUAUGUUGCAGUAUUAGAAUAAGAGAAGUAAUGGCUACUACAUAGUGUUAGUAAAACUAAGUGGCUUUUACCAUAUUAUAAAGUCCACCUUGCAACAAAGUUGAAGAAUGUUAAAAAAAAAAAGAAGUAGAAAGUAGUUGAUCUUGUAUGUGGUUGUAUUUGAAAAUAGAAAAACACAGUUGGCAAUCUGUUAUAUAAAAUAUAUUCGCAUAUUUUAGUAUUUGAA